AUGGCAACUUCACGUCCAACACCCUGUCAUCACGAUGGAGAGGAAAUAAACCCGGAUUUUAAGAUUGAAGUAGCUCAUGAUGCAGACAUCAAUAAGGAAUGUCAGCUUUUACAUACUGUGGAAUGCGACAAGAAUCCUGGCCAUAGAGGAUUCAUUGCCUUUAAGGAUUUAAAGUUAGAAAACCUACCCAUGGAAGACCGACAUAUUGAGAUAUUUAAUGAAAUAAUAAAACAAGGUAAAAGAGUUGUUCGGAUUAUCGUAGAGAAAAGGAGGAAUGGAAUGACCACGCAGAAACUGGGGACAGGCUUUGUGAUUAAGCUCAAUGGUAGAUAUUUCAUGCAAACGAACAAUCACGUGAUCAAGUCUGAAGACGAAGUCAAAAAUUGCAUUGUAGAGUUUGGUUACGAAUCGCCUGAUAGAUCUGGUAUAUUUAAAAGUCGAGGUGUCAAACUUAUAUGGACUUGUCCUAUGAGAGAUACUACUUGUUUUCAGUUUCACCCCGAACCAAACAACUUGAAUGAGCUGGAGAUCAUAGAUUACAGUGCCUUACAUCCCUCACUUGCUGUGAUAUACAAGGACAAUCGUAGUUCUACUUAUAAUACAAGUUAUAUUAGUCAGAAAUCCUUACAUAUUACUAAUGCUAAUCUCAACGAUCCAAAAAUUAGCAUGGUAUUUUUGUAUUAUCCGGAAAGUUUCUUCAAUAACAUCACCAGUUCAUAUUUUAAAUUCCAACCGGUUCCCCCGAAUAUAGAAGAGUUAACUGGUAUUGAAAUUAGUAUCAAGGAGGAUGGUCAAAAUUGCAGAGUCAUACCCGGUGAAAUUAUUAAGAUUUGCGAUGAAUAUGUAAUUAAAAUAUCGGAAAGUAUUAGCCAAGAUAUAGUAAGGAACUGUCGACUGAUUUUGAACGGCGAAGUUAUUAGUCACGGCUCAAUACUUUACUUCAUGCAAAUCCAAUCUAGCCUAUUCUUCAGUCGUUUUCGUGGCGUUGACUUCCAAAUAUACAUGGAGCAGUACCCAACUUGCGUAUGGGUAUUUGAUUUUAAGCCAAAACCAAAAGGAGCCGAGAAAUAUAUUGAAAUGGUGAGCUCCUCCACCGCUAACAAUGAUAAUACGUGUUGUAUAGGCCACCCUCAUGGUGCCGUAAAAACUGUUACCUUUGGAAGAUGGUUGGGAUCUUGUACGGAGAGAUUUGAUAAUCAAGGUCGCCAGAUAGUUCACCCAGAUGAAAAUUGUCAAUGCAGGGAAGUCAAAUGUGUCAAGUAUUCAUGUAAAACGUGUCCCGGGUCCAGUGGAUCUCCGGUAUUUAUCUUAAGACGAUGGCUGGACGUGGGAAACUAUGGCCAUUUCAUGGGGUACAAAGUAGAAGAUAUGACUGUCGACGGUAAACAGAUAGAGAAUAUCAACUUAGCCUGGACAACUUGA